AUGUCUGGUGAAUGGAAGAACCAAAUCACCAAGUUUCUCUCUGAAGAUGUGCCCUCGUUUGACUUUGGUGCUUAUGUCGUUGGGAACAAACCUGAGACCGCUUCAUUGUACAUGAAACAAAUUGGUGUCAUUAGUGGGAUUCCUUUUGCUCAAGAAGUGUUCAAACAAUGUGAAUUGGAAGCCGAAUGGCACUAUGAAGAAGGUCAAUACAUUGACAAAUUGCCAGAGUCUGGUAAGAUUGUUGUGGCUACUGUUAAGGGACCAGCAAACAAGAUCUUAUUGGCCGAAAGAACCGCAUUGAAUAUGUUAGCCAGAAGUUCCGGGAUAGCCACUCAAAGUCACAUUACCAAGAAGUUGGCGGAUGAAAGUGGAUACACAGGUCUUAUUGCUGGUACCAGAAAGACUACCCCAGGGUUACGUCUUUUGGAAAAGUACUCCAUGUUAGUUGGAGGUGUAGAUACUCACAGAUAUGAUUUAAGUUCUAUGGUUAUGUUGAAGGAUAACCAUAUCACUAGUACAGGAAGUAUUACCAAGGCUGUUAAAGCGGCUAGGAAGGUAUGUGGGUUUGCUGUGAAAAUUGAAGUCGAAGUAGCCACUGAAGAAGAUGCCCAAGAAGCCAUUGAUGCUGGUACUGAUGUCAUAAUGUUGGACAAUUUCCAAGGAGAAGAAUUGAGACAAGUGGCUAGAAGAUUGAAGGCCGCUAACCCCACCAAGUCAUUUUUAUUGGAAUGUUCUGGUGGGUUGACCUUGAAUAACUUGAGUAGUUAUCUUUGCAACGAUAUCGACAUAUACUCCACCUCUUCAAUUCACCAAGGUACUGGCAUUGUUGAUUACUCAUUGAAGAUCAACCCAUAG